GGGCCGUAGUUGCUAAGGAAGACGGUGGUGAGGUGUACUUCCGCCAGUAGCCAAGAUGGCGGCUCCCAUGUUGCAAGAUUUGGCAGAACUGUUGGGAGCCUCAGAACCCGCGCUCCGAUUAAUCAUUUCGAUUUUAAUUGGUUAUCCCCUUGCCUUGAUAUUUCGGUACUGCCUUUUCCAGAAGGACCCCUUUGUUAUUCACCUGUUCCACAUCACAACAGGACUAUGUAUGGCCUACUUCAACUUCGGGGUCCAGCUAUAUCACUCGCUGCUAUGUGUUGUGAUCCAGUUCCUGUCGCUGAGGCUCAUGGGAAGGACUAUCACAGCAGUGUGCUCCAGUUUCAUUUUUCAGAUGGCGUACCUCCUCCUCGGGUACCUCUACACGGCGACAGAGCACUACGAUAUCAAGUGGACCAUGCCGCACUGCGUCCUCACACUGAAACUCAUCGGGUUAGCCUUUGACUACUAUGAUGGAGGAAAAGACCCAGAGCAACUCAGUGCAGUGCAGCAUCAGUCCAUCCUCCCUCAGGUUCCCUCCUUCGUUGAAGUCUGUGGGUUCUCAUAUUUCUACGGCGGGUUUCUGGUGGGACCCCAAUUCACGAUGCGCAGCUACCAGAGGCUGGUGGCCGGGGAGCUGACAGACUGCCCAGGCCAGAUUCCAAACAGUAUACUGCCAGCGGUGAAGCGGGUCUGCUUGGGUCUGCUGUGCCUGUCAAUCUACACCCUGGGUAGCCCCUUCUUCCCCGACAGCUACUUCCUGUCAGACGACUUUGAGGUCCAGACGUUUUGGUAUCGCUGCUUCUACAUUCUGGUCUGGGGGAAAGUGACGCUGUACAAAUACGUGAGCUGCUGGGUUAUAACGGAGGGCGUUUGCAUCCUGUCUGGGCUAGGUUACAAUGGGCGAGACUCUGAGGGUGUUGUCCAAUGGGAUGCCUGCGCUAACAUGAAGGUUUGGCAGUUUGAGACCACACCCCUUUUCACCGGGACCAUUGCCUCCUUCAACAUCAACACCAAUGCCUGGGUCGCCAGGCAUGUGUUCAAGCGUCUCAAGUUCCUGGGUAAUAAGAUGGCAUCUCAGAGCGUGGCGCUCUUCUUCCUGGCGAUCUGGCACGGCCUGCAUUCUGGCUACCUGCUCUGCUUCCUGAUGGAAUUCAUCAUUGUGACCGCGGAGAGACAGGCCCUGUCUCUGGUCAGGGACAGCCCGGUUCUGACCCGGAUCAGCCAGAGCCCGGUCCUGUGGCUCCCCCUGUACCUGCUGCAGCAGCUCAUUCACUGGCUGUUCAUGGGAUACCCACUCAUACCAUUCUGCCUCUUCACCUGGGACAAGUGGUUCAAGGUCUACUCCUCAGUGUAUUUCUGUGGUCAUGUGUUCUUUUUCACUGCCAUGCUGAUCAUGCCUUACCUGCGCAGGGCACUAGUGCCCAGGAAGAGAGAGAAGGAGAAAAAGGAGGAGUGAAGACAGGACAGGUAUUGAACAGAGGCAAAUUUAACCCUUCCUCCGCUCGAGUGCCGGCGCUGCGCAGAAGGAAUGUCUGGAGACGCUGCAAACCUGCUCCAGGUUCAAACGUAUUUAGUUUUUUUUUGUUUUUUCCAAACACAGCUAGAAAACGAGAGAUGGACUGAUUUUUCUCCAACAAUCCAAUAACUGCCUUUUUUAUUGAAAUGACCCCAAGCUGCUUCAACGACUCUGCUAGGGAGGGUUUUCAACGACUUUCAUAAGAGGACGUUUCUCACACGAAAAAGAGUAUUUUUAAAAUAUCACCACAGAUCAGAUGCAACUGGAAAAGCAGCAGCUUGUUUAACUUGAUAUUGGUUUACAGUAUCCUCUCUCUCUCUCUCUCUCUCUCUCUCUCUCUCUCUCUCUCUCUCUCCU